AUGAUGUUGUCUAGUACCUAUGUUCGUAUAUGUGGUAAAGCUAAGCCUCUGAAGCAACCCAAAGCUGCCAAGAAGGAAGAAGACGAGCAAGACAUUGAGUUCAAGAAGAGACAGCAAGAGGAGAAGAAAAAGCCGGCUGAAAUAGCCACCAAAGUCUGCUUCCAAAAAGCGCCGCUAGUGCAAGGAGGCAUAAAGAAAUCAGGAAAGAAGUGA